CUGAAAUUCAAAUUUGAACCUAAGUAUCGUUUGAGAGCAGAGGAGCUGAGGAGCGUAUACUUCGACAGCGGUCCGUUCUUUGUGGACGAGCCGAACACAUUAGUAAAGAGUGGAUAGAUAUUAAGUGUAACGUUCCUCCGAGAUGGACCCCUUUACCGAGAAAUUGUUGGAGCGCACACGCGCCCGGCGCGAGAACCUGCAGAAGAAGAUGGCGGAGCGGCCCACAGCCGCGAACAGACCCAUGGCAAAGAGGAGCAGGGAGCCAUUGGCUGACACCAAUAGCAUGUUGACUGAGCCCGUCAUGGAAAAGGCGCUGCACCCCUCCUCCAAACCCUCCCCCUCCAAGCGGCGCUGCUCUGAGGAGAACCCCAAGCCGGCCCCCGCCGCCGGGGCAGAGGAGGUGGAGAACCGGGAGCCAGUGGUGGUGCCCCCGGCCGCUCCCCAGGACCCCCCCACAGACAGGAAACCCCCCGCGGGCCCCGCCAGCGUCCGCUCUGCCGCCUCCCUGGAGAGGAGAGCCGGACCCACUCCGUCCAGUGCCGUGCGGCCCCCCGUCCAGCCGCCGCCCCCAGAGCCGGCGAGGGGCGGCCGGGCCCAACCCGAGGCCAUGGUCAUCGCUUCGGACCCGGGCCCGGAGAUCGCUCCCUCCAGGAGCGUGGAGAUGGCCGCCCCCUCUAGGGGCCAGGCGGAGCUCGCUCCCUCCAGGGGCCAGGCGGAGCUCGCUCCCUCCAGGGGCCAGGCGGAGCUCGCUCCCUCCAGGGGCCAGGCGGAGCUCGCUCCCUCCAGGGGUCAGGCGGAGCCCGCCCCCUCUAGGGGCCAGGCGGAGCUCGCUCCCUCCAGGGGCCAGGCGGAGCUCGCUCCCUCCAGGGGUCAGGCGGAGCCCGCCCCCUCCAGGGGCCAGGCGGCCAGCGAGGGGCCCGAGGAGGCCCCUGGUCUGACGGCCGCCGGCAUGAGGUCGCGCCUGCAGAAGCUGGCGGCGCAGAGGAACUACUGGGAUAACGACACAUCCGACGACGUCCCCCUUUCCCCCGUCAAGAGACAGCCAGAAGUGGCCCCUCAGGUCACGGCCCCGGCUCCUUCAGGGGCCCCGGUUGGGAGGAGGGGCCGCCUGGCCAACCUGGCCGCCACCAUCGGCACCUGGGAGGAUGACCUGAGCCAUCCUGCCGUCGCCAAGGACCCCCCACCAGCCAAGCCCGCCUCCACCUUCAUGUCCAGGAAGCCCCCCCAGCAGAGCGCGGCCCCGUCCGGUGGAAGGCCCCUCCCCAGCUCUGCUCAGAUGGGCCCAUCGCCAGUCAGGUCCACCAGAGGGGCCCCGGCCAGCCCCCUGAAGUCUGACGUCCUGAAGCAGACCCCUGCAGUGUCUCAGUCCUCUCCGGCCCCCAGCCCCCAGAAGGCUCUGAACAAGGCCCCCAUGUCUCCCAGUCCCCUAAAGACUCAGGCCCCGUCCAGGCGUCUGGACUCUAACGUGCCGAACGCCAGCCCCAGUAAGUUGGACCUCCCCGCUAAGCCUGCCAGAACGGACCCUUCCAUCCCCUCCAGAGAGCGGGUCUGUGUGGCUGCUCAGGCCUCCACUACCCCUCAGCACCAGAAGGCCUCCUCCGGGACCCCGGGGGCGAAGUCCUUCCUUGAGCGCUUUGGAGAGAAGUGCCAGGAGCGCGCUCAUCAGGGCACCCCCACGGGGACGGGGGGCACCCCGGCCAAGAACCUCAGUGUGACCCCCAACACACGGCUGGUCCAGGAUAAGCUCCGCGCAGCGCAGGCUGCCAGCACCACCACCUCAGAGCUAACCCAGAGACAGAAGCUGGAACGGGAAACGGAGCUUGCUCAAAUCCGCAGUCGCUUCCAGAAGGCGGGCAACCUGUGGAAGAACAAGGAGGAGGCGUCCGACGGCCAGAGGAACAGGGAGACCAAGACACCCGCACAACAGCCCUCCGAGUGUGUGAGCGCCACGUCUCAGGGAGGAGCUGAGUCCAGCACCCUCUCCAGCCUGACCUUUGCAGCAGGUCCCGGGCUCUCCCCGCCCGUCUCCACCUCUAGCCCGAUGAGGAGGGAGGAGCGGCCCGCCCCACUGGCUGACCCCCAGCCCCGGGUGGAGCAGGAGAAGAGCGAGGAGGAGGAGGAGGAGGAGGUGGAGACGAACGUGGACUCUGGCUCCAUCAACUCUGCGGUGAUCAACGAGCUGUUUGAGGGGGUUCUGGAGCAGAGCGACGACACAUCCAGCAGCACCGGGGAGGAGGGGGACGAGGAGGAAGAUCCACUGAAUAUCUCCUCCAUGUCCCUCCUCACGCCGCUGGCCGAGACGGUGGCGUCUGUGAUCCGCAGUCCUGACAGGAGGGAGCUGAUGACGUCCACGCCGGCCGGCUCCUUCCUGGAGAAGAGCGACACCUCCAGCAGCAGCAGCCCCACGCCCAGCAAGUUCCAGAGGGCCCGAGUGUCACGGGGCCAGUCCACAGACGAGGAGGGCCACAAGCUGCUCUACAGCGUGGACGCGUACCGCUCCAUCCGGGUGAAGGAGACGGAGCGGCCCCACGUCAAGCAGGUGAUCGUCAGGAACGAGGACGUGUCCCUGCGGACCGCGGCUGCCGGGCCCAGGGCCGCCGGCCAGGAGGCGGGCCUCAAGCAGAGGCUGAAGGCCCUGACCAGCGACAUGAACAUGCAGCAGACGGUGAUCCACCAGGCCAGCCAGGCGCUCAACUGCUGCACCGACGAGGAGCACGGCAAGGGCUCCCCGGUGGAGGCUGAGGCCCAGCGGCUGCUGCUGGUAGCCACUGAGAAGAGGUUGGCGCUGAAGGCCGAGCUGGAGCGUCUGAAGGGGGAGGGCCCGUCGGGCCAGAAGAGGGGGGCUGCUGGGCCCUCCAGGGCCCCCCUGAACUCGGGGGUCCCUGCCUCCAAGGGCUCCAUCACCCUGCAGGAGCUCCGGCUGCCCCUCAAGGCAGACUUUGUUUGCGCUGCCGCUAACAAGCCAGGGUCUUCCAGUCACUUCUUCUUCAUCCUGAUCAGAGCGGGGGCCGAGAACAUGGUAGCCACGCCCCUGGCCAGCACCCGCAGCGGGCUCAGCGGGGACGCACUCUCCUUCAAAACCAAGUUCACCAUGUCUGAUGUUUCCAAUGACUUUGAGGUGGAUAUCCAAGUCUACUGUCUGGUGAUGAAGCGGGAGGCAGCCAAUGACAAGAAGAAGAAGACCAGCAAGUCUAAGGCUAUGACACCAAAGAGAUUCCUUGCCAUUACAAAGAGCAGCCAAGCUCCAGUGAUGGCCAGCCCCGGGGGGCCCAAUGCGGUCCACACCAGCAGCUUCGUCCUGGUGGGCUCCCACAAGCUGACCCUUUCGUCCGUCGGGAAGAACAAGUUUCCCCUGGAGAAGAUCAAAUAUGAAGGAAGGGAAAGGGAACUUCUCAGUGACAUGUUUCAUAAAAAGGUGCCGUUCCUGUGCCCUCUGGAGGGUCACAUCCACCUGAAGAUGCAGUGCCAGGUGGGCUCCAGCAAGGUGGAGGAGAGGGGCUUCUUGACCAUGUUUGAGGAUGUGAGCGGUUUUGGCUCGUGGCACCGCAGGUGGUGCGUCCUGUCAGGGUACUGCAUCUCCUACUGGACCUACCCUGACGACGAGAGACGCAAGAACCCAAUGGGCCGUAUCAACCUGGCCAACUGCACCAGCCCGCGAGUGGAGCCCGCCAACCGCGAGUUCUGCGCCCGACCCAACACCCUGGAGCUCAUCACAGUCCGGCCCCAGAGAGAAGACGACCACCAGACCCUGGUCAGCCACUGCAGCAACACCAUGUGUGUCACCAAGAACUGGCUGAGUGCUGACACCAAGGAGGAGCGGCUCCUGUGGAUGCAGAAGCUGAACCAGAUCCUGGUGGACCUGCGCAUGUGGCAGCCGGACUCGUGCCUGACGCCUCCCUGAGGAGGCCCUCCCAGAGAAGGCCCUCCCAGUGGGGGCCCUUCCCCCUGGACCGUCCUGCCGGGGCCGCUGUGCAGACUGAGGAGCCGGUGGUCAGAGCGCUUUACGGGGGGAUGUAGGAGAGAGAAGGGGUGUCUGCUGUAAAGGAGGACGCAUGAGAAGCACCAAUAAAGCCAUACUGCUAACAUUUCAAUACAAUAUUUUAGCGGCUCUGGUUAAGCCUAUAUUUUAAUAAUUUUUAAGCUUAAAUGUGUUGAAGCAGCCAGCGUUUGACUAUUUAGGUGCCACUGCCCAAGACAAAACUAUACGUUUUUAUGAGCAUGGCUUUCAUAUUGUAAUCAAGACGUUUGAGAUGAUGCAUACUGCAAUGGUGGCGAAGCACAAAAUAAAUGUAGGUAUAUAUAUAUAUAUAUAUAUAUAUAUAUAUAUGGAGCAAGCUGAACUUUACUACUGCAUGACGGCACUGCCUGAGGCCCUAAAUGCACAACCUGUUAUUUCUACUAUAUAUGUCAUGGCUUGCUGUCAGGUUUUGUAAUGCCUUUGGUUUUUUUUUUUAUCCUGUCUAGUUAAACACCAUUUGUGUGCCAAACAUUACACAAGUCUCUUUUGUCUAUUUUUGUCUUUUAAUUGUAUGCAUGUUAUUUGUUUACGUGAGUGAUCUGGUGAAUGUGUAUCAAUGCACCGUAUUCUUCUGUACAUCUAUCUGGUCGGUUGGACACUUCUUAUGUGCCCAGUGAUACGGUAAACAUGUGGUGGCCUAUUGAGCGUGACGUGUAUGCAGGUGUAUUGCUGUAUCACACUCGGUCUAAUUGUUUACUUGUACCGUCUACUUUAAAGCACUCCAGGUUUCCUCAACACAGUGUAUCAGGUAUUUGUAAAACAAUGACUUUAAUAAAUGCCUGCUGCGACCGAACAUGUCUUAGUUCAUCUAGUAAAUGCAGAGUUGAAUAAAGUAAUGAUUUGUCCUGAAA